AUGAAAAAGAACAUCCCUUGUAGUGAGUACUCUACAAAAUACCCUUUUACGUAUUACCCCAGAGCUCUUGAAAACGGCUCCACUAACGGGUUAAAAAAAAAAAGAGAGUCUUGCAGUGGAAAGGAGAGAAAGAAAGGGGAGUGGGAGAAAGAAGUGGUCGGAGGAGAGGAAGCACGACACUCAGACAGGAUUGACUUGGAACCGGUACUAACCAGAUGCGGACAGCUAGUUGCGGGGGGAGGAGGGGGUGAAGAGGGGAAGGAGUACUAUUUAAAACGAAGUCUGGGGCCGGCAGACAGCCCUUGGUCCGCUGCCAGCAGGCUCAGAUAUAGGCUACCGGGUCCACCAUCGCCUUACCGGUCCAAUAUAUAUCCUAAAGAACAACGUACAACGUAA